AUGCAAACUGCAGUCUUCUCACUCUAUGCGGCUACACCCCCUUUUUGCCCCUCUCUCUCCUCCUUCAAUACCCAUCAACCAAACUUUCUCUUCUCCCCUACCCCCACCUCCAUCAAAAGACCCUCUUUGCUAUCAACACCACCACCAUCAAGAAGGCUGCUCUGCAGACCCCCUUCAGGCAAAUAUGUCAGAGAAGACUAUCUUGUGAAGAAGUUAUCUGCCACAGAGGUCCAGGAGCUUGUAAAGGGAGAGAGAAAUGUACCACUGAUUAUUGAUUUCUAUGCGACAUGGUGCGGCCCUUGUAUUUUGAUGGCUCAAGAACUUGAAAUGCCGUAUGCUAGAAGCUGUUUGCAAUCUACCUCACUUGAGUGGAUGAAUGUAAUUUUCUACACAGAUGGUGAUGCUUUGUUUAUUCUUGGUCGUUUGAAAAGAAAAUUCCAUCUUAUUGCUGCUACGUUUUCCUCAGUGACAGGCUCAAUUCGCAGCAAUCUUGACACCUCUAUACUUUUUCUUACUGCUACUUGCAGCAAAGCAAUUGCUGAGUCACAGGGGCAUCACUUAGCUCCUGAGAAUAAAACUAGCAUAAUGCUGGUAGUAGCAAAGAGCCUUCCCAAUACUUGUGCAGGGACAAUAGAUUCUGUUGCAACUGAUGAUGAAUUUUGCAUUCAGCUUGCGGUAGAAUAUGAGAGUAAUGCAUUAAUUGUGAAGGUUGACACGGAUGAUGAAUAUGAAUUUGCACGCGAUAUGCAGGUUCGGGGAUUGCCAACUGUGUAUUUCAUCAGUCCAGAUCCAAAUAAAGAUGCAAUUCGAACUGAAGGACUCAUCCCAAUACAGAUGAUGCGGGAUAUUAUCAAUAAUGAGAUGUAA